GCAGCGCUGGUGACGGCUGUGCCCGGGUCCACUCCCCGGUCACCCUCCGCUCCCAGUCCCGCUCCUUCCUGCAGAGUCCGAUGGCGGCGACGGCGCUGCGGGACCCGGCUCAGAUUACCAUGACUACAGAAAUGCUUCUGGACUGUACACAGGGCUGUGUGACCUUUGAGGACGUGGCCAUUUACUUCUCCCAGGAGGAGUGGAGGCUCCUUGAUGAGGCUCAGAGGCUCCUGUACCAUGAUGUGAUGCUGGAGAACUUUGCACUUGUAGCCUCACUGGUUUGUUGUCAAGGAACAGAAGAUGAAGAGACACCUUCAGAACAGAGUGUUUCUUUAGAAGGAGUGGCACAGGUUAGGACUUUAAAGGCAGGUCUGUCCACCCGGAAGACUCAGCCCUGUGAGAUGUGUGUCCCAAUCCUGAAAGACAUUUUGCAUCUGGGUGAUCAACGUAGACAGAAGCCAUACUUUGCUGGGACAUGUGCAAACCUUCACCAGGACCAGAAGCAUUGCAGUGCAGAAUAUCCAUUAAAAAGAGAUGUGGAUUGGGCUUCCUUUGUGAAGAGCUACAUAUUCCAUGUGUCAGGGAAUCCCUUCUUCUGCAGGAAGAUUGGAAAGGACUUCCUGGCCAAGUGGGGCCUUCUUCAGCACCAGGUCAUUCCCAAAGGUGAGAAGUCAAACAAAAUCACCAAGUGUGGGGAGGCCUUUCACUGUGGAAAGCAUCAUUACAAGUCAGGUGAAUACAGAAAAGUUUCUAGCCACAAACAUACUCUUGUUCAGCACCAAAGAAUCUGUACUGGAAAAAGGGUUUAUGAUUCUAGCAAAUGUGGAAAAGCCUUCUGUGACAAAUACUCACUUGUUCCAUUCCAGAGAGUCCACACUGGAGAAAGGCCUUAUGAGUGCAGUGAAUGUGGAAAAUCUUUUAGCCAAAAAGCCACCCUUACUAUACACCAGAGAGUUCAUACUGGAGAAAGGCCAUAUAAGUGUGGAGAAUGUGAGAAAUCUUUUAGUCAAAGUUCCAACCUCAUUGAACACUGCAGAAUUCACAGUGGAGAAAGGCCUUAUGAGUGUGGGGAAUGUGGGAAAGCCUUUGGGUGUAAAUCCAAUCUUGUUCGGCACCAGAGAACUCACACAGGAGAAAGGCCCUAUCAGUGCGGCGAAUGUGGGAAAUUCUUUAGACAAAGUUUCAGCCUCGUUGAACACCAGAGAAUUCAUACUACAUUAAGGCCUUAUGAGUGUGGCCAAUGUGAGAAAUCCUUUAGUCAAAAAGCCACCCUCAUUAUACAUCAGAGAGUUCACACUGGAGAAAGGCCAUAUAAGUGUGGAGAAUGUGGAAAAUCCUUUAGUCAAAGCUCCAAUCUUAUUGAACAUUGCAGAAUUCACACUGGAGAAAGGCCAUAUGAGUGUGGGGAAUGUGGAAAAUCCUUUAGCCAGAGAACCACUCUCAUUAGACACCAGAGAAUUCACACUGGAGAAAGGCCUUAUGAGUGUGGUGUAUGUGGGAAGUUCUUUAGACAAAACUUCAGCCUCAUUGAACACCGUAGAAUUCACACUACAGCAAAGAUUUAUGAGUGUGGCCAGUGUGGAAAAUCAUUUAGCCAAAGGGCCACCCUUAUUAGGCACCAAAGAGUUCACACUGGUGAAAGGCCUUAUGAGUGUGGGGAAUGUGGGAAAGCCUUUGGGUACAAAUCCAAACUUGAUCGACAUCAGAGAACUCACACUGGAGAAAGACCUUAUGAGUGCGGUGAAUGUGGGAAAUUCUUUAGGCAAAGCUACAGUCUCAUUGAACACCAGAGAAUUCACACUAGAACAAGGCCUUAUGAGUGUGGCCAGUGUGGGAAAUCCUUUAGCCGAAGAGCUGCCUUCAUUAAACACCAGAGAGUUCAUACUGGAGAAAGGCCUUAUAAGUGUGGAGAAUGUGGAAAAUCCUUUAGUCGAAGCACUAGCCUUAUUCAGCACUGCAGAAUUCACACUGGAGAAAGGCCUUAUGAGUGUGACCAAUGUGGGAAAUCCUUUAGACAGAAGUCUGUUCUCAUUCAACAUCAAGUAGUUCACACUGGAGAAAGACCCUAUGAAUGUGGCAAAUGUGGAAAAUCUUUUAGCCAACGCUCAAGCUUUUUUCAACACCAAAAGUUUCACACUGGAAUGAAGCCCUAUGAAUGCAACGCGUGUGGGAAAGCCUUUAGCCAGAGCUCAACCCUUAUUCGGCACUACCUCAUUCACACCGGGGAGAAACCAUACAAGUGUGUUGACUGCGGGAAGGCCUUCAAACGCAGGUCAUACCUCAUGCAGCACCAUCCGAUUCAUACUGGAGAGAAACCCUAUGAGUGCAGUCAGUGUCGAAAGGCCUUCACCCAUCGUUCUACUUUUAUUCGCCAUAAUAGGACCCACACUGGAGAAAAACCCUUUGAGUGCAAAGAGUGUGGGAAAGCCUUUAGCAACAGGGCACACCUCAUUCAACACUACGUCAUCCACACUGGAGAGAAGCCUUACGAUUGCGUGGAGUGUGGAAAGGCCUUCAGAUGCAGCUCAGAACUCAUGCAGCACCAGCGGAUUCACACAGGGGAGAAGCCCUACGAAUGCACCCAGUGUGGAAAAGCCUUUCACCGGAGCACGUACCUCAUUCAGCACUCUGUCAUUCAUACCGGGGAGAUGCCAUACAAGUGCAUUGAGUGUGGGAAGGCCUUCAAACGCAGGUCACACCUCCUACAGCACCAGCGCAUCCAUACUUGAGAGAAACCCUAUGGGUGCAGUGAAGGUAGAAAGGCCUUCACCCACUGCUCCUUUCAUAGUGGAACCUGCACUGGUCAGCUCUUCUUAACUAAACAUAUGAGCAGUCACAUUGGAGAGAAGCCCUGUGAAUGCAGUGAAUGAAUAUAAGAAAGCCUUCAGCUGCUGCUCAGCCCUCACUUAUCACAGAAGAAUUCAUAUCAGAGAGAAAUAAGGAAGGCAUUUAACCAGUGGGUCCACCUCCACCAACAUCAGAGAAAUCAUGCAGGAAAGACAUUCUGAAAAUAAUACUAAAGAUAGUUAUUAGCCAGAAGAAAAAUCUUAUUUGCCAUCUGAGAAUUUACAUUAUGUAAUUGUCAUCAUUGUGAAAAAACUUUUCUGUGACAGAUCAUCACUUGUCAUGUAAAGAGUCAUAUUAGACUUUGACCCACCUUAGGGUAUACACUGUAAACUUAUAAAAACCUCAGGCACAGGUGUCUGCUUGUUACACUGGAAAAUCAUUAUAGCAUUAGUUUUGAAAAAAAAAAAAUUAAAAUAGGUGGAGAUGGAGACAUAGACUCUAAGAGGAAAAAAGAAAUGUAUUUCUAAAUUCUUCACACUUUCCUACCAAGCCUAUCACAGUUUUUCAUCAGUUUUAUUUUUUGGUAGGGGAAUGUUUGAGAGGUAAAAAGGUAUCAGCCCUUUGUUUUUUAAUAUAUAUUCACUGCUGCCUUGUGUCAGGAUAGUUGGACAGUGAGGGCAGCUCUUCAAAUAUUUAUUGAAAACCUUCUUUGUUCCAAACAUCUCUGCUCAUGAGGAGGAUAGUUCUUUAUGAGAAGUAUGAGGGCUUGAGAUACUUGAAUUUAUAAAAAAUUAGAAUACUGAAGAUAUUGUCAUGAUACUUCUAUUUCAUAUCUGACAAGAGAAGGAUCCACAUAUGGAAGGCCACAUUAAAAAGUGCCCCAUUUAAAACCAUGUAAGGCUUUUAUACAUAAACCCCUUAUCAAUGUGGUUUUAAAUGCCCAGCAGUCUCAGAUUUUCUGAUUCCAUUCUACUUGUUUGUUUUCUUUAUUUUCUCUGACAGCAUGAUGAUUAUUUUGUACUCGUGAGGCUUUCUCAGGUUAAGUCCUAAUUCUUUAUUCUUCCUAGUGUUUCUCAGGUUCUUCAGUCCUGUGUAAAAGGGCAUUUUCAAGUCCUCUCCCAAUAAGUAUUCUAAGGGUUUAAAAAAAAUUUUUUUUCUGUGGAUUAAAUUAUAGUUAAAACAAGCAAAAGAAAACACAGCUAAGGUAAAUUCAUGAUAAACCCAGGAAAACAAACACGGAGAGGAAUCUCACUGUCUCAUAAAUAUUUGUGUGAAGUUUUGUUACAAGAUAAAGUGCCUAGCAAUUUAACUGGUGAAUCUGGUUGUAUAUAUACAGGUUUAUGUAGGUUUUACAGUUCACCUCUGUGGACUUUUUCCCUUGAUACUAGCAUUUAAUGUGGUAAUUAGAGAUUCCUGUGGGAUUUUCUUUGAGUUAGUUUACACAAGACCACAAAUGUACUUCAUAUUUUCAUAGUGGGCACAUGCCUUUUUUGUGGGGCUUUAUGUACAUAUUAUGAAUGCAAUUCUUGAUGAGUUAAGAGCUCUGUGUUUUUGUUUUUGUUUUUUCAGGACACUAUAGUUUUCUGUUCUUUGGAAAAGUUGACUCUUGAAGACCCCACCCUUCUUAACCCUCUCUCUGGGAGGCCAUAUGUAUUGUAGCUGUGGCUUUUCUUGGACCUGAGCCCCUGAGUUCAAGAGAGUUGGAGAAAUCUUUCUAGAAACAUCUUGGCUCUCAUCAAAGGGUUCUUCUUUCCAGGCCUGGGGACCUGGGCCCCAGUUUGUGAUGUGUUUUCCAUUGGAUGAAGGACACUCUAGUUGUCCACCCUAAGUUCUCUCAUCUUCUGGCUCUUUCUAUAUAGUCUUCACCUAUGUGUUCAGUGCGAAAGAACCUACUACGAACUUGCUGCUGUGAUAGGCAAGAGUCCCCUAAGACCUCCAUUCUUCAUCUUUAUGACCACUCUCUCUAUUGUGGUCACCCUGUGGAGAGUGGGGCAUAUGAGUGGCUGACACAUAGGACCUGUGCUUGAGCAGGAAUGGAGUGUACUGUCUAGGAAAAACACAUGAGGACAGGUACAAUAAAUUAACUUAAACUUGUUUUAUCACCUAUUUUUAAGUCAGUAAAAAUUUUAAGCACUUAGUUCUGCAUUCUUUCCAAAUAUCAAUUUAGGAUUAAUUGAGGGAAAACAGUUUUUUACACUCAUGUUUCAGUUGCUUUACUUAUGUUAUAUUUAAUGAACAAGUGAGAUAAAAAGCACCAUACUCUUGGUUCUCAGUCUGUGAGAACAGAAUUGUGGGGGUGGGACUAGCCAGGACCAUUCACAUUUGAUAAACACCAGUUAAUUUCACAAAGGGAAUGUGGGCAGUGAAAUAACUCAGCAAGUUGGUCAGAGAUGAAUUAGAAAUCUUAGUGUUUGUAAAUAAAAGAAAAAUGUAUUUGGAAGGAUCCUCACCCAGUUAAACUGUUCACUCCUUGGGUAUGGAGGUGGGGAAGGAGUGGGGCAGGGGAUUGUAAAAGUGAACAUUCAACUUAACUUCAUACUCGUGGAGACAUUCAAAAUGUUCGCAGAAAAUUUUAUAAAUUUAAAAACCACUUAUGAUUGAAAAGAAAUUUAAGAAAUCACUGAUGGAAUAAAACCAUGUACUAGAACUAGAACAGGAAAACUAAGGAGGAAGAACUAGGAAUGAUAUGAAAGAGAAAUUCUAAAGUGAAUGUAAACAACAGAGAAGUAGAUCAGAAGAGUGUGGGGAAUUAAAGUUUUUUUAAACAAGCCAUCCCGCAGUGGGAGCCUGUUAAUAUUGAAAUUGCUGUGGUUAUUGAUCACUCUGCCCUUUGAAGAACAGCAGAAAUUCAUAGGGCAAUGUUAAGUGUUGAAUUGUGUCACCCAAGAUGUUGGAGUCCUAACCCCCAGUACCUCAGAAUGUGAUUUUAUUUGGAGAAAGGGUCUUUACAGAGAACGAGGCCAUUAGUUUGGGCCUUAAUCCAAUAUGACUGGUGUUCUUCUAGAAAAGGGAAAUUUGGUCACAGAGACAGACGUGUACAGAAGGAAGACAAUGUGAAGACAGAGAACGCAGUCUUCAAUCUGAGGAAUGUGGGAGGCUACCAGAAGCUAAGAGAAGCAUAGAACAGAUUUUUCCUUACAGUCCUCAGAAGGAACCAGCUCUGCUGACACCUUGAUUUCAGACUUCUGGUCUCCAAACUGAGACGAUAGAUUCUGUUCAACCACACAGUUUAUGGUCUUUUGUUACCUCAGCCCCAGUAAACUAAAAUAGGCAGUAAAAGCUGUCAAUUUUUCCCUGAUCAAAGGGACUCUGUAAGGACACAGGAUUUAAUUGCUAGCUCUCAGAGUAAGGGAGAUGAACCUGCUUGUCAGUGUCAGGUGAGUAUUUCAUUUUAUUUUGGUUUGGCAGAAACAAAUAGGGAAGAACUUUUAAAAUCUCAGUGGUAGGUGGACAGAGCACUGGAAUCGAAAAAUUGAGAAGAUGAGCAUAUGGAGAGUGACUCCUUAAUGGGUGUGGGGAUCUCUGGGGGUGAUGAAAAUAUUUGCAACUAGACAGAGGUGAUGGUUGCACAACAUUAUGAGUUUCCUUAAUACGACUAAAUUGUGCAUUUUAAAAUGGUUAAUUUUAUGUGAAUUUUACCUCAAUUAAAAAAAAA